AAUUUCUGCUCAAGGAGGCCCAUUCAGUCCACACAAAGUUCUUGUUCCUGGGGAAGUGGAACAUUUCGCACUCACCAUCGUUCCAGUAUUAGUUUGAAGUUCCAGUGUGUCUAAUUGUGUGAUACGAAAGCAAUCAGGUGGCGAGGAUCUGUAGAACCACCAUGUCAAAUCCAGGGGCGAGUGUUGCUGAGACAAUCGUCAGUGAAGAGCAUGGAAUGGCGGAGGAGAGGGUUGUGGAUCAAACUGCAGGUGAUCGGUACCGCGAUCAUUUGUGUGGCGCGGGUGAGGAACGGACUGCUUGGAGACAUGGGAGCGCUCCACAAUACGAUGUUGUGAACGCUCUGUUUGAGAAAGGGCGCACUCAAGUGUGGCCGAAAGGAUCUCUUGAGGAAGUGGUGCAAAACCUGGUGAAGACUUGGGAGAUGGAACUCUCUCACAAGAUCAAAGUGAGCGACUUCAAGACUAUUGACCAAGAGAAAUUCCGCAUCUCUGUAAACGGAGGCCCCAAGCUUUCUGCUGCCGAAACUCUACAAGUGGGCAGCUACAAUGCUCUGCUGGCCACGAGUAGUGUCAACGGAGACGACGCGACGUACCAGGCUUCGAAGGAGACUUUUGAAUCGUCACACGACAUUUUCCGCACGGCGUUUCCAGGGGGGUUCGCAUGGGAAGUCCAAGCUGUAUACUCUCCUCCUCCGGUGGUGGUCAUGAAAUUCAGACAUUGGGGAGUCAUGGAGGGGCCUUUCAAAGGCCAUGCUCCCACUGGCGCCGUGGUCGAUUCAAUAGGCAUCUGUGUGGCUAAGGUAGACGAGAACCUGAAAAUAGUGGAGCUCGAGGUGUACUACGACAGUGCAGCAUUUCUCGGUGGCCUUACAAAAGGACCGAAAGCAGAGAGCUAUACAGUGUACCAGAAGGGUACAGAGGGUUGUCCAUACCUCAAUCAUGGCCGUCUCGAAUAACAUAACCAACAUCUGUCAACCAUGGUUCCCAUCACUGCUGAUAUCUGACCGCAUGAUCGAUGCAAGCCUGACGCCAUCUCCUCUCGUCGAGGCACAGGACUGAAGCUUGUGAACUUGGUAGACCCGCCGCACCGACUCUAGGAUGGCCUAGCUUCAGUAGCUACUGAUACCCGGAUGGGAACAACGGAGUGCGUGCCCCGUUUCCACAUCCGGGUAUAAUAAUGGACCACUCACUGGGUGAAGUUAUCUGGCAAGCGGAUCCAGACCAAAAGGGAGGUAGCAGAGGCAUAUUUAGACUUUUCCUGUCAAAUUGAAUGCUUCUGCUGGAUUUCUUCUUGUUCAUCUUGUCAGAACCAUAAUUGAUUCAAUGGAAGGAACUCCGUUUCUUUGAUGGUGUUCUGGGGUUUUCAUCAUA